AUGAUCUUGACCACCACAUUCGUGUGCUUUUGCCUGGCCUCGGCCUUCAACUACUUCAGGACCCGUCGGCAGCGGUUGAUGAUCAGGAAUCUCAAAGGACCCUUUACCUGGCCGCUGAUGGGUGCGAUGCACAAAUUGCUUCUGUUAAGCCCGAAAAAUUUUUUUAAGUGCAGUACCGAAUACCUAACCAAAUAUGGUUCCUUGAGUCGUUGCUGGGUCUUUCAUCGCCUUUUUAUUCCACUGGCGGAUAUGGAGCUCAGCAGACAGCUUCUGGAAAGUGAAACGCACUUGGAGACGGGAUAUGAGCUGAUGAAGGAUUGGCUGGAAGGAGGUAUCCUCAUGUGUCAACCGGAUCAGUGCCAAAGGCGACAUGGCUUGAUCAGUGGGCUGUUUGGCAAUGGGAACCUGGAACAGCUGAUGGAAUUGUGUCGCCAGCAGGCGGAGAAACUGUAUCAGAAGUUGUUGGAUAAAUCAGACCAAAAAGUGUUUGAUAUUUGGGAUACAGUGGCUCCCAAUGUCUUGGAACUGAUGGUAAGGACCACCUGCGGGGCCAAUCCUAGUGAGGAAUAUGCCAAGAAUCUAGCAGAUUUAGCGGAGCUCUAUAGACAACGCUUCCUCAGCCUGCAGUCUGCCAACCGGUUCAACUAUUGGCUUAGUUCUCCGUUUAUGAGAAGACGUCAGAAUCGUUUAAUAAGAAGUUUGAAUGAAGAACACCAGGAUCUAAUAGCCCGGCACCAAAAGCAAAACAAGUUGAAGAACGGAAUUGUUUUGGUCGAGGAUAAUCUAGAGCCACUACCCGAAAAAUGGCAUGAAUCCCUGCUCGACACUAUCCUGAAAAGUAGAGAUCCAGAACUUACACCUGAAGAAAUCUGUGGGGAGCUGAAUACCUGUAAUUACCUGGGUUACCUGCUCUGCAGCUCAGCACUUUGUUUCGCCCUCGUCACAAUUGCGAGAAAUCCCUCAGUACAACAGAGGUGUUGGGAGGAAUUAAGACUGGCUCAGAACAAGGACGGUGGAUGGGAUUUGGAAAAGCUUCCUUAUCUAGAAGCUGUGCUACAGGAAACUCUUCGACUCUAUCCGCCACAAGUGAUAGUUGGGCGACAAUUUAAGAAGGAUUUUCCCUACACACAUAGUAUCGUGGGAGAUGGAGAAUUACCCUUUGGUUCCGAGAUCUAUAUCAACCUCUAUGAGCUGCAGCGUAAUGAAAAUCGUUAUUCGAAUGCCAACCACUUUGAUGCGGAGCGAUUCUUAGGCUCUUCUCCGGAACUGCUAAGUUUCAGUCUUGGGCCUCGAUGCUGUCCCGCUAAAAACUUUAGUAUAAGGCUACUGAAAACUCUGCUGGCCCCCAUUAUCACUCAAUUUGAACUGUUGCCCUACGGCGAUGAACUGCGUUUGGAUUUGCGACUUAUUUUAGGAUCAUUCAAUGGAUUUCAGUUGGCUUUAAGGCCACGAAAAUCUGUGUAUAAUCCAUAA